AUGGCAAGACUGUUACUACUUCUCCUCCCAGGCCUUGUGGCUCUAUGUUCCGUGCAUGGAAUAUUUAUGGACAGACUUGCUUCCAAGAAGCUCUGUGCAGAUGACGAGAGUGUGUAUACUAUUUCUCUGGCCAGAGCUCAAGAAGAUUACAAUGCCCCGGACUGUAGAUUCAUUAACGUUAAAAAGGGGCAGCAGAUCUAUGUUUACUCAAAGCUGGUAAAAGAAAAUGAAGCUGGAGAAUUUUGGGCUGGCAGUCUUGGUUGA